AUGCUCACGACACGCCCAGAGCUCGUCCUGCGCCGCGCAGAUGAGCUGCUCUCGGUUGGCCAGCCGAUGGCGGCCCUGUCGUCCAUCUCCGAGGUCUUCUCGAGCAAGCGCUUCCGCAGCACGCCGCUCUCGACCCUCGAGCCCAUCAUGGUCCGCUUCCUCGAGCUCUGCGUCGACCUCCGCAAGGGACGCACCGCCAAGGACGGCUUGAUCCUCUACAAGAACGUCGCUCAGAACACCUCGGUCCAGUCGGUCGAGGUCACCAUCCAGAAGCUCCUCGAGCUCUCGCGCAACAAGCUCACGGACGCUCUCGCCAAGGUCGACGAGCUCGAGGGCGAGGCUGCCGGCGAGGUCGAGGACCUCGAGGCUGCCGAGACGCCUGAGAGUAUCCUCCUCGGUCUCGUCAGCGAGGAGAAGAGCCGCGACCGCACCUACCGUUCGAUCGUGACCCCCUGGCUCCGCUUCCUCUGGGAGUCGUACCGCACCGCGCUCGACAUCCUCCGCAACAACGCUCGCCUGGAGGUCCUCUACCAGUCAGUCUGCCACGAGGCGUUCCAGUUCUGCCUCACCCACCAGCGCAAGACCGAGUUCCGCCGCCUCUGCGAGACGCUCCGGUCGCACCUCGCCUCGUCGCAGAAGUACACCCACCAGUCGCACUCGAUCAACCUGAACGACCCCGACACGCUCCAGCGCCACCUCGACACGCGCUUCCAGCAGCUCAGCACGGCCGUCGAGCUCGAGCUCUGGCAGGAGGCGUUCCGCACCGCCGAGGACAUCCACACCCUCGUCGGCAUGUCGCGCCGCGCGCCCAAGGCCAGCGUCAUGGCGUCGUUCUACGACAAGAUGGCCAAGGUCUUUGCCGUCGGGAACAAUUUCCUCUUCCACGCCGCCGCGUACGGCAAGCUGUACUCGCUCCACUCGGCACGCGUCGCCAUCGCCGCCGCCAACAACGCCUCGGACGCCCAGCAGCAGGACGCCGAGCUCGAGAAGCUCGCUUCGCGCGUCCUCCUCUCGGCUCUCGCCGUCCCCCUUGGCUCGGGUGUCGAGAUCGGCAAGCGCGCCGACGGUGAGGAGGGCGAGUCCAAGGGCCGCCUUGGCCGUCUCGCCUCCCUCAUCGGCCUCUCGUCGGUCCCGACCCGCGCCGGCUUGAUCAACGACGCCUUGAACCGCCACGCCCUCAAGCGCGUCUCGCCUGAGCUCCGCUCGCUCUACAACAUCCUCGAGGUGGACUUCCACCCCUUGUCGAUCACGUCCAAGAUCGAGCCGAUUCUCGCCUCGCUCGAGAAGAACCCCGACACGGCUCGCUACGUUGCCCCGCUCAAGGACGUCGUCCUCGCCCGUCUCUUCCAGCAGCUCGCGCAGGUCUACGCCUCGCUCAAGAUCGACCGCGUCGUCAAGCUCGCGUCGUUCCAGGCAGACGGCGAGAAGGACGUCACUCGUCGCCGCGUCGAGCGCUACGUGACCGAGGCGUGCCGCCGUGGCGACGUCGAUGUCACCAUCGACCACGCGACUGGUUCCAUCAAGUUUGACGAGGAGCUCUUCGGCGACGAGGCUGGCCCCGUCGCUUCGACUUCGGCCAACUUCGACUCGGUCAAGACGCUCCAGCCUUCGGCUUCGACCCUCCUCCGCACGCACCUCACCCGCCUCGCGCAGACCCUCCACUCGACGCUCAACGCCGUCGCCGCACCGGGCUCGACCCCCGCCGACGCCGCCCGCGCCGCUCGCGAGUCGGCGUUUGCCAACCUCGAGACGGCGGUCGAGGACGAGCGCGAUCUCGUCAUUGCCCGCACAGCCAUCAUCAAGCGCCGCAAGGAGCUUUCCGACGAGCAGUCUGCGCGCAAGGAGAAGGAGGAGGCGCAUGCGCGGUCGAUCCGCGCGCAGCAGAAGGCCGAGGAGGACGCGAGGAGGCAGAAGGAGGAGCUCAAGCAGCGCGAGCUCGAGCGCAUCCGCAAGGAGGUCGAGAAGGUCAAGGCCGACGAGGCGAAGAAGGUCGCCGAGAGCCUCAUCCAGAGCGGUCUCAAGGUCGACAAGCAGAAGCUCCCCGAGCUCUCGGCCAACGACCUCGUCCAGCUCCAGGUCCAGCAGAUCGAGAAGGACAAGAAGGACCUCGCCCAGAAGCUCUCGUCCGUCCACAAGCGCAUCGACCACCUCGAGCGCGCCUUCCGCCGCGAAGAGAUCCCGCUCAUCUCGCAGGACUACGAGCGCCAACAGGCGCGCGACCGCGAGGCGUUCGAGGCUGCGCAGGUCCAGCGCGCCGAGCAGCUCCGCCGCCAGCACGCCGAGGGUCUCGCCAUCAAGCAGCGCCUCCAGCGCAUCUUGCCCGACUUUGAGAAGUUCCGCCAGGUCCGCGAGAAGGAGUCGCGCGAGCACUACGAGGCGGAGAAGAGGCGCGCGGCGGAGGCGCUCGAAGAGGAGAAGGCUGAGAGGAGGCGACAGGUUCUCGAGCAGAAGGAGCGUGAGCGCCAGGAGGCCAUCGAGCGCGAGCGCGAGGAGGCAGAGAGGCGUGCCCGCGAGGAGGAGGAGGCCCGCAUCCGCGCCGAGCAGGAGGAGCGCGAGCGCGAAGAGCUCGAGCGUGUCGCCGAGCGUCGCCGCCAGAUGGAGGCGGAGGCCGAGGCUGCUCGCAAGGCCGCCCUCGAGCAGCGUCUUGCCGAGCGCAAGGCCGACCAGGAGCGCAUCGCCCAGCAGGCCCGCCGCGAGGAGGAGGCUCUCGCUCGUCGUGCUGGCGGUGGUGCCGCCCAGCGUUCUGCGUCCGGUCCUGCCCCCGUCGGUUCGGCCGCGUGGCGUGCGUCGCGCGACGGUGCUCCCCCGGCCCCGUCUGCCGGUGGCGAGCGUCCCCGCUUCACCCUCCAGCCUCGCUCGACUCCCCCUGCCGGUGCCGAUGCGCCCGCCGGCGAGCGCCCGCGCCUCAACCUCCAACCCCGAACGGCCCAGGCAGACGCGCCCGCCGGCGAGCGUCCUCGUCUCAACCUCGCGCCUCGCACCGCCCCUCGUCCCGAGUCGCCCGCCGCCGCGCCCUCGCCGCCGUCCGAGUCGCGCUCGUCUACCCCGGCUGGCGGUCGCUACCAACCUCCCGGUGCGCGAGGUGGAGCUGGCUCGCCUGCGCCCGGCAGUGACGAGAGUCGCUCCAGCACGCCUGCUAGCGGUCGCUGGGUUCCGCCGUCGCAGCGGGCUGCCCAGGGUCAGCAGCCUCGCAACGCCUCGUCGCGGUGGUGA